GUAGCUGCAGUAAAAUGAUACUCAUUUCGUUAAAGAUAAACCACAUAACUGCAAUUCUGCGACACUCUGAGUAAUAAUUGUGUGUCUUUCCACUUCAAAGGUUUGGUGUCUCCUCUUCAAAGAAGAUCACCACAAUCAGAAAGUAUGUUUCGGUUUAUACGGAUAGCAGGCAUUGCCCUGCUAUUUCUCAUGCCCUGGACUUGCUCUGGAGAAAAUUACGGAUUCUAUCAACCCUCAGGAUACAGCUCAUCGCCUCUCCAACUCUCCAACAGCCAGUCAUAUUUCGGAUCGGAUUUCAGCAGUUUCUUUGGCGGUCAUGGAAGUAGCAGCGCCAGUGCUUCUUCUCAGUUUCCCCACUUCUCUGCAAGCGGUUUCUUCGGGGGUCUCGGGUUCGGUGUCUGUGAUCCACAGAUCGCGCCUUGCACGAAGAGCAAGUACAGGACAUACGACGGUUCCUGCAACAAUCUGGAAAAUCCUACACUGGGCGUCGCCAAUACCCGCUACGGACGUCUGCUGCCACAGAAGUAUUCUGAUGGUCUGCAGGCGCCGCCCGUGUCUGUAACGGGCCACAAGCUCACGAGCGCUCGGCAGAUCAGCGCCGUUCUUUUCCCCGAUGCCAAAAUCCCGGAUCCAAAAUGGACGCUGGCCUUGAUGCAAUACGGACAAAUCAUCACGCAUGACAUGUCCCUUGCUGCAGGCACCACUCAAGGAAAGGCGCACGCCACCAGGUGCUGUAGACAAGACCUGAGCACGUCGCUCCCUAAGGACUCCCGCAACCCAGCCUGCUUUCCGAUACGGAUCCCCGACCACGACCCGGUCUACUCCAAAGAAGGAAUACAGUGCAUGGAAUUCGUCAGAACGACAAACGACGUCAGCCAGGGUUGUAAUUCCGGCCAAAAAGCUGCAGAACAGAUCACCGCUGUGACGCACUAUUUGGAUUCCUCGAACGUUUAUGGUUCCAGUCAACAGGUAGCGGAAUCCAUCAGGGAGUUCAAGGGCGGUCGUCUCAGAGUGGAAGUGAAGUACGGACGUGAGUUCCCGCCGUCCAAUAACAACAAGUCGGCGAUGUGUGAUCACAUCUCGGAAUCAGAGGCUUGUUACCUGGCAGGUGAUGUUCGGGUAAACCAGAAUCCCCAGCUGACGGUGUUCCAGAUUCUGCAGCUCAGGGAGCAUAAUCGCCUGGCGCGCGAGUUGGCCCGCCUGAACCCUCACUGGGACGACGAGCGCCUUUACCAAGAAGCCAGAAAAAUCAACAUUGCACAGCACCAGGGAGUUACAUAUAACGAGUGGCUGCCCAUAAUCCUUGGGAGGGAGACUACGGAAUUCAAUGGUCUCACGUAUAACACCAAGGACUACACGUACGAUUACAACGAGAAAGUGGACCCUUCCGUGUUAAAUGACCACGCCACUGCUGCGUUUCGGUUCUUCCACACAAACAUCGCCGGAUUCCUCAAGUUGAUUGACGAGCACCGUUCCAGUUACGAGGCUCUGCGGCUUAGCGAUCACUUCAACCGCCCGCAGAUUAUAGAGGAGGGAAAUAACUUCGACGACCUAGCUCGAGGAAUGCACACACAGCCCCAGGAAGCGAGCGACAAGUACUUCACCAAAGAAAUCACAUGGUUCCUCUUCAGGAACGGGAAACAUCUGGGCCAGGAUCUGAGAGCCAUCGAUAUACAGCGAUCACGUGACCACGGCCUGGCUUCGUACAACGACUACCGACAUUAUUGCGGCCAUCCCAAAGCGCAAACGUUCGAGGAUUUCGGAGACCUCAUUGAUCCAGAAAGUGUACAUAAACUGGCCUCCCUGUACCACCAUCCUGAUGACGUGGAGUUCACUGUGGGAGGUUCGCUGGAAGCCAUCGUACCGGGAGCCCUUGUGGGUCCCACGUUCAUGUGCAUUAUCACUGAGCAGUUCUACAGGACCCGAACAGGCGACAGAUUCUUCUUUGAAAACGGCGUCAAGGACGCGUCUCUCACACUAGAGCAAGUGAACGAGAUCAGAAGAGGCAGUAUAUCGCGGCUGAUCUGUGACAACGCGGAUGAUGUUAAGAGCAUGCAGGCCAGAGGUUUCGAGCAGAUAUCUCACAACAACCCUGUGGUGCCUUGCUCACUGAUCCCUGCCCCAAGCCUUGAGCCCUGGAGAGAGCACAAGCAAGCUCAAGAAAGCGCGGUCCAGCCUCAAGCAGAGGAUCAUGGUUUCACUUUUCCGUUUUUCAAGAAAUAGCAAACUUCUCAGCUGAAACCGACAGGACAAGACACAUUUAAAGUGAGUUCAUGUCGAGUUUACUUCUGUCCUGAGAAAAGACAAUUUCUUGUUCAUGUCGCCCAAGUUUACUGACGUCUGGUGAAAGGAAAACUGGGCAGAGUGCAUUUCGUCUGUUAUUUUUUAAUGUCAGCUAUGAUAGAAUAUCUAAGUUCAUGAUGCAAUGAAAGCAGGAUUGUCGUUUUAACUUAACUUUGGUUACCUAGUGAGAAUCGAUAAGUGGGAGAAACGUUUUUUGUAUCACUGCCUUUUAAUAAACAACAGAAUUAUAUAUCAUCCACUGAAACUUGCUAAUAGUUGUAUGGGUACAACAAAAUCACUUUUUGGUUCACUUAGCUCCAUUGAGCUAUAUUUCGGAGAGAUUUAAUCAGAAGUAAGAAGCGGCAGGCUUUACUUCUUUAUCCUAAAUAGAUUGAAGAUGGCUGUCUUCUGGGAUGUUGCACCGUAUAAUCUGGCACAAACCAACCGACGUUUCAGAGACAGCCAUCUUCAUACUUGUCGCCAUGAGAACUUGAAAUGUCACCUAAACAGACUCCUGGUACAUGACGCAACAACGUUUGACUUCAACAUCUCUUUCGUGUUAUUACUGUAAGCAAUGCACACAGUUCAUAUAUUGUAAUUGGGUUGAGUGUGCCGUUUGAAUCCAAGCACGCUGAUAUCGUGUAUAAAGAUUGUUCUGUCUCUUGUAUCAGCUGAAUUUUUGACAAGUAAAAUAUGCUUCAGUUCUAAUAAAACAUGAUUUCUAA